AUGGCUGAUGAGAUCGAAAAUUCCGCGUUCGAAUUCAAAAAAUUCGAUGAAAGUCUCCUUGACACCUUGAAACAAAGUGAAACUAAAUAUAGUAAUCUGAUUGCCGGAAAUGAUGAGUACACUAUUGGGAUGGACAAGGACGAAAUCGUGGCGAUCAAAAUCCCUGGACAAAUGAAAAAGGUUCGAGAUGAUCAAGUGAUGAACAACGCCGGAGGUUUCGUGUUUAAAGUCAGCGAUGUGACAAGAAUCCGUCGGUUUUUGAUCCUCGGAUGCGAGGGCGCAACCUUCUAUCAGUCUGAGAAGGAGCUCACCUUCGAAAACGUUCAGAGCCUAAUUAGAAUUAUCGACGAAGGCAACGCCUUCUUAAUUCUCAAAGAAAUCGGAGAAAUCAAUGCUCAGAACAGAAAUCCGAAAAUGAAAUCGAUGCUGUUCGCAUUGGCUCUUUGCGCACGCUAUCAUGUCCAUGACAAGAAGAAGGCGGCGAAGUCCAAAGAUCCUAUGGUGGUGGCGUAUUCGAAAUACAUUGACGCAAUGCAUAAGGCUGCGUGCUCGUUGAUUGCACAAGUGUGCCGAAUUCCGACUCAUCUCUUCGAGUUUGUUGGAAAUUGCGAGAUUGUCGCCAAGUCAGGAGCAUUCAAUUCUAAACAAACAUCGACUGGAUGGGGUCGAAUGAUGAGAGCGGUUAUUACGAAAUGGUACGAAUCGAAGACCCCUGAACGUUUGGCGAUGUUCUUGACAAAGUAUCCCCAAAGAGGAGGAUGGUCCCACCGCGAUUUGUUUCGUCUCGCUCAUCCUGAAGUUUUUCACCGAAAGGCCUUUUAUACGUCACCGGAAAGAUUAGAGCUCGAGCAGAUCUACCGUUUCGUCGUCAAGGGAGACUUGCAGGAAAGAAAAAGAAAGUCGCUGAAUAUAAGUGAGGGUGAUUCGAAGGAUGCUGACGAUGUCACUGCUAAGAAAGUAUACACUGAGGAACAAUUGGAUAGAGAAGAAAAUAGCAAGGCUCUUGGAUUGAUUGAAGCCUAUCUCAAAUUGAAGAACGAGACGAAUGAGGAGAUCAUAAUUGCGGAAAUCAAGAAGCACGGGCUCGUUCGUGAGCACAUCCCAACGGAUGCAUUGAAGAGUGUCAACGUUUGGAAGGCAUUAUUGGAAACAGAAAUGCCGAUGACCGCGAUGUUGCGUAAUCUGGGAAGAAUGUCUGCAAUCAAGUGUCUUGACGAAAAUCAAAUUGCCGAAAUCACUAGAAGACUCAAUGAUGUGGAGGAAUUGAGAAGAGCCCGCAUUCAUCCGCUGAAUGUUCUCAUUGCCAGAAGCACUUAUAGACAAGGCGGUGGCUACAAGUCAGCCCUUAAAUGGAAGCCCGAGAAGAAGAUUGUCGACGCUCUUGAGCAGGCUUUCUACAAGUCAUUCAUCAAUGCCCCACCUACUGGAAAAAGGUACUGCCUGGCAAUUGACGUCUCCGGAAGUAUGGCACAACCAGCAUCGGGAUGUGUUAUUUCCUGCCGUGAAGCAGCAAGUGCCUUGUCGCUUAUCAACCUUCACAAUGAAGAAACGGUUCGCAUGGUUGCUUUCUGUGAUGAGCUCACCGAGUUGCCUUUCGACAAGACAUGGAACUUGGAUAAAAUGGAUGAUUUCAUGAAUAAUCUCGCGUUCGGCUCCACAGAUUGCGCUCUUCCGAUGGUUUGGGCAAUGGAGAAAGAUCUCAAAUUCGAUGUCUUCGCGAUCUACACUGACAAUGAGACGUUCUUCGGCGAUAUCCAUCCAUUUGAAGCGCUCAAGCAAUAUCGCGAAAAGUCUGGAAUCCAUGAUGCUCGUAUGAUUGUCAUGGGAAUGUCGGCCACCGAGUUCACCAUCGCCGAUCCAACCGACGCCGGAAUGCUCGACAUUGCCGGAUUUGAUUCGGCUGUUCCACAGAUCAUCAGCGAGUUCAUCAACGGCUAUAUCUAA